UCAGCACCAGGCACAGGAGAUCCAUCAUCUGAUCUACUGCAACAGUAGAGAGCACAUCUGUUUUUAGUCUAUUCCACUACAUUUAGAGGAGAAUAAAAAAAAAAUGUGACUUACGUUAUGAUUAAACAUUUUAAAUAAAUGUUGUUGUUUUUCCCGGAUGAACAAAAACUAAUCAAAAACGGAACAGACAAAUCAAGCAAGCAAAGUUCUAAGAGGGAUGAACCGCAUUUAUGCCAACUCAACGGAAUUAAAAUUCAUUUUAAUCUGAUCUGGGAGAUUUUUUUGAGAAUGGAGAACUUCACAGUAUUCAACGAGACUCUGGAAACUUGGACUGACCGCAGUGUCGAAUACAAAGUGAUCAGCGUCCUCAUAGUUUUCCUCAUAUGCGCUUUCGGGAUAGUUGGAAACGUGAUGGUCAUCCUGGUGGUCCUCACAACCAAACAUAUGCGGACUCCGACUAAUGGCUAUCUGGUUAGUUUGGCUGUCGCAGACCUGAUGGUGUUGAUCGCAGCCGGUCUGCCAAGUAUAGCGGACAGUUUGUUCGGUUCAUGGAUUUUUGGGCACGCGGGGUGCCUGUGCAUCACAUACUUCCAAUAUCUAGGAAUCAACGCAUCCUCGUGCUCCAUAACAGCCUUCACUAUAGAGCGAUACAUCGCUAUAUGUCACCCAAUCAAAGCGCAGUUUUUAUGCACGCUCUCGCGCGCGAAGAAGAUCAUUUUUGGAGUUUGGGUUUUCACGUCUCUUUACUGCGUAAUGUGGUUUUACCUGUCCGAUAUCCAACAGGUUCUCUACAAGGAUGUGACUAUAAUAACGUGCGCUUACAAAGUGUCCAGAAACCUUUACCUACCCAUAUAUUUUGUCGAUUUUGGCAUCUUUUUUGUUCUGCCACUCACUCUUGCCACUGUCCUAUACGGCCUCAUCGCGAGAAUCUUGUUUCUUAAUCCUCUUCCGUCGGACCACAAGGAAGACAAAAACGGGCAUGAAAACUUCUCCAAAGCCAAAAAGAACAAAAUGAAGAAUUCCAGCCGCUGUUCCAGUACAACCGCAGCAUCCAGAAGACAGGUUACAAAAAUGCUGGCAGUGGUGGUUGUUCUGUUUGCUGUGCUUUGGAUGCCGUACCGCACUCUGGUGGUGGUUAACUCUUUCCUGCAAGAUGCCUACCUGGACACCUGGUUUCUGCUGUUCUGCCGCACAUGUGUCUACCUCAACAGUGCCAUUAACCCUCUUAUCUACAACGCUAUGUCUCAAAAGUUCCGCGCUGCCUUCAGAAGGCUUUGCCGCUGUGGGCGCACCGCUCUGGUGAAUAAGGCAGCCUAUAGUGUGGCACUAACCUACAGUGUUGCCAAGGAAACGUCAACGGUGGAAAGCACAGGGCAUUUUUCAACUGAGAUAGACGAUUUGACACCGACAGAUGAGUUGUUCCCUGAUAAGAAGCUUCUGUAUCCGGGGAACUGCGACUUUAGCAAGGAGACUUUCAGUCAGGCCUGAUAAACUCACAAUAGCUACACACACCAUAAAUCUCUUGAGUACUAGCGAUCUAUAACACUACACAUUGAACUGCAGGGACAGCACUCAAACAGUUUCUCUUUAUCGUUAUUUUUAAAAAAGUCAUGCUCAACACAGUCAAAUUUAUCUUCCCGUCUCAUAUACUUGCCAAACAGCUCCCUGGAAACUGUUCAGCUGAAAUUAAACCACGUUACAUAAGUUGCAUGGUUGCAUUAUUUGCUAAAGUCAUUAUUCUUAAUUAAACUUGCAGUGUAUUGCAUAUGUGAUGCAGAAUUGAAUACAUAUUAUUGAUCUGCAAACAUCUUUGGGGUUGUCAUUGUUAUUAAUGAGUGGCCUUCUCUUCCCCUGCAGACCCCUGGGAAAAAAAAUGCUGAAACUGCUUUUUUCUGCAGUUGCAGUUGUUUCAAGAAUGUUCAAUGAGAGUUAACUUAGUUUAGGUCCCACUGUAUAUAUAUAUGUAUAAUACACAAUUUUUUCGAUCUAAACUUAAAAUGGAAGUAUAGCUAAUUUUUUGUUUAAUUUGAUUGGCCAUCUGACAUAAUGUCGCACUGAAAUAUAUUUAGACUAAAGUUGUAUGUGCGCCUUUGAUACAAGUUUAUUGUAAAUAAGCAAAAUUCGGAUGAACAAAUGAAGGAAUGCAUGAAUAAAAAGAUAAAGGAGACAUUGUUACAUCUAUUUAUUUAUGUAAAAUAUUUUUAGUUAGGCAUUCUUAAAGCUGAAUUGUAACAUGUGCCAUUAGCGCAACCAAAUGGAAAUGCAAAAAUAAUCAUUGUUUUCACACGUUUCCCAAACACUCCCCUUGAUUGCCACUGGUCGCUUAAAACACAUAGUCCCGCCCAAAAACUCACACUAUUGGUUGAGCCAAUGUCCGACAGCUCAAACUUAUAGAGAAAUGGUAAAAAGCUACGGAUCCCCAGACAUGACAUGCAGGAAAAAAAUAGUAGGCUAAAUCGUGCGCAUGAUUUAAUUUUUUUCUUGCAUGUCAUGUGCGGGGCUCCGUAAAAAGCACCACUCUGUGUAGACUUUUAGGUGAAAUGAACCUAUGAAUACCUUGCUUAUAUUUAGGGACUUUACUCUUCAUAUUAAACUAAGAUGGAACAAAGUAAGACAUCAAAUAUAAUAUCUUUAAAUAUAAUAAAAGACUCUUUUGACUAUAACUGAUUUAGAUUACUAAAUAAAUGAAUGUAUGAAAAUUAUAUCUGACAAAUGAAUAUUUCACCUUUUUUAAUUCACUCUCUUGUAUCAUAAAUGGGUAGACAGCAUAUGAUUGUAUUUGUGAGCUGAUAACCUAAAUCUCAUCACAUGGGUUUGUAUAUGGUUUCUCAACAAAUGUGGCAAAAGAAGUUGCAUAUUUUCUUUAUCACAAUUGACUGUGUAUUCAAUUACUUUAAAUUAAUAUGUUGUGUUUUAGGUUUUUAAUAUAAUAUCUUGGUGGUGUUCAUGUGGAAAAUAGUCACUUUAUGUCUGUUUCAAUGGCUAGUCAGGUUUGUAGUCCAGUGUUAAUGAAUAGGCUAUUCUAGUGAUAUUUUAGUGAAUGGGCUUGUUCAGUUUAAACAGAUGUUUGCAGAAAAAUAGUAAAAUAGCAUCUAGUUUCAGAUGCAGAGGAUUUAUUUUUUCAAAGUCUUAUAAAAGGCAGAUUUAUGAUAUGUUACAGUUACACAAAUGGGUUUGAAUCUUGUCUCUACACACUUGGUUUCAGAGGAGUGUUCUGAAGUGUUCAAGCAUACGUAAUUUUAAAAAAGUAUAAAGUGUUAAGUAUGUUUAAUUGUGCUGUAAUUGUUCUCUUAGUUUGGUAAAUGAUAUACUUCGGUAUCUUGAUAUACUUGAGUGUGUACUAUUGCUGAAUCAUUCAAACAUGUUAGUAUCCAUAUUAUAACUAUAGCCUAUGUGUAUUUGCUAUUUUGCAUUUGUGUUAUUAUUCAGGGUUUAACAAAACACAAAAUUAUAUCUAAAAUGUCUAUUUUAAAGCCUCUUUCUGAAUAAAAUAAACUUGCA